UCGGCAGAGAGUGAAGGCUAAAGGGAAGGUAACUCAUUAACACCACAGAGCGACCGUCGUGACGCCACCUCGGCCUGCCUGGAUGACUGCAUGUCAUGUGAGUCUGCAGCAGAAAGACAGACCCAGAGACAGACCCAGAGACAGACCCAGAGACCGACAGACAGGCUAGGAGGCUAGCCCGGCCGGAGCUGUGUGUCCAACCGCAACACAGUGUCACAUACGGACACAUACACACGCACUGUCAUAUACACGACACACUGUCACGUAAUACACUGUCACACACACACGACACAGGAGUACCGUGUGUCUACCAGACCAGGAGACAGGAGAGGACAAUCGGAGCACUGAGUGAACUGUGCCCCAGCUGCAUGCGUCCUAGCACAUGCAGGAAAUCAGCGGCUGCAGCGACCGGAGUCAUUGUGGUCCCAACCACCUAACCCAGCCUGGAGCCACCUAACCCAGCCUGGAGCCACCUAACCCAGCCUGGAGCCACCUAACCCAGCCUGGAGCCACCUAACCCAGCCUGGAGCCACCUAACCCAGCCUGGAGCCACCUAACCCAGCCUGGAGCCACCUAACCCAGCCUGGAGCCACCUAACCCAGCCUGGAGCCACCUAACCCAGCCUGGAGCCACCUAACCCAGCCUGGAGCCACCUAACCCAGCCAGGCAACAGCCAUGGACGCUCUGGAGCAGGAAUACAAGUCGCCGUUUGACUUUGAGCAGGGAGUGAAUAGCAGCUACCUCUAUCUGUCCCCCAGCGUCAUUGUAACACCACCGGGCUCACCGCACGUGACUGUCACAGCCAGAGGUGCUGUGAGACCAGACUCUGUCACAGAGGUAGGGGAGGAUGCAGUGAUGUCGGUGACCGUGUCCCCUUCCGUCCCCACCCUGACAGAGGAGGAACAGGAGGAGCUACGAGAUGAACUGCUCAAGUUGGAGGAUGAGGUCGUGACUCUGUCUCAGGUGCUGGCAGCUAAGGAGAAGCAGGUGGCAGACAUCAAGAGGAAGCUGGGCAUCACUCCUCUCAACGAGCUCAAACAGAACAUCAGCAAGAGCUGGCAGGAGGUCACCACCUCUACUGCCUACAAGAAGACGUCAGAGGGCCUGUCCGUAGCUGGUCAGAAGGCCACGGCAGCCUUCACCAGCAUGGGCUCGGCCAUCAGCAGGAAGUUUGAGGACGUCAGAUUGCAAUCUAUUUCCAAUUAUUUUGGCAUACGCUCCCUACAGCAUUCUGCUAGUAUGCCCGUGAUGAGGAACACACACACCUUUAAGUCGUUUGAGGAGAAAGUCGAGACUUUAAAGGUCAAGAUGAGCCCGACAGCAUCUCAGGGUGACUUUGGCGAUGUGUUGACCUCUACAGCGACGUCUGACCCUUCUGUUCCCGUAGAGAAACGGCCAGAGGCCACACCCAUCGCCACCCAGGAAGAACAGCCCCACUGAGACCAGCCUGACCUUUCACCUCUGACCCCUAGCCAGGGUGACAUUAACUUGAACCAUACCCUCUUUCUCCUUCUGUCUCCCCUCUUUCUGUUCUCUCACCUCCUCCCUUCUUCAGCUCCCUCUUUACAACACUAUAGCACAAAACAGAACCAACAACCAAAAAAGAAAAAUAAGUUUCCCCAGGAACUUUUAAAUUAAAAAAUAUAUAUAAAUUACUGAAAUAUUGUGACACCGUAACACUUGUAGGUUUGUACGACUGUAUGUUUCUAAUCUAAUGUCCAUGGUUGAGGAACCUGCACAAGUAGAAUAAUAUACAUUACACUUUAUGAGAAACUGUAUGUCACAGCAAGUGAAGUUGUGAUGGCUCAAAACCAAUUGGUUCACACAGGCCCAUAUCUUUCCAUAACUUUGAGGACUAACAGGCAUUUGUUUUUUAUUUUCUUUUGAUGUACUCCAAUCACUGUAAUACUCUAGGAUGUCAUUUCUAUUCCAACACUGAAGAGGCUUUCUCUGUCAUGUAUUACUCUCACCAAUAGCACCAGUAAUGUGGUGUAGAGCACAUCUGAGUAGAGUUAAUACCAGAUCUGUGUAGCUCACACACUCCUCUCACAGCUUAACCAAAUGGGGGUGGUCUAAAUCUGACCUCUGAGCAGUUCAUAGUGCUUAACUCUGAUAUCAGAGAGGGUGGGCCAAUGCAUCCAGAUCAGUGUGUAAUGAUAGUCGCAGAUGCAUGAUUGGUUAUAAUGGUGUCGGCUGGCCUUGACCCUCAGGUCAGUGCAAUUUACAUCACUCAAAGCCUCACAGCAUGGUGGGCCAAAGUCUGUAUUAGGGCACUUGUCUCACUGGCUUCUCUCUGCUUGGUAUGCUGAAAUAGUAGGAUAGUCACUGGAUCCUGUGUACUUCUCUACUGUUGAAUGAUAUAUGGAUAGUAGUUGUUUUUGUUACAAAGUGAUUUUCAUUGUUUACCUUUUCAUAAAGAUGUACAAUUUUACUUAAAUUGGAAAUAUACUAUUCUUGACCUAGACUAAGAACUAGAUUUCCUCCCGUGUUGGUAUUUUAAUUUCUCUACAGUGUAUGUGGUAUGGUAAUCCAUUUUUAACAGUUGACUUUCAAUGAGGGAAUGUUUUUCUCUUCUGAACAUCUUGAGGUAUGAAAGAGUGCGAUGCAGAAUCCUGCUAAAUGUUUACUCUUGACCACACUAGGAUGAUACAUACAGUGCCUAAAGAAAGUCUACACAUCCAUGAAUGUUUUUCAACAGAAGUCUUUCUAAGAGUUUAAGUGUUCCUGAGUGGUCUAGUCUGUCCAGAGUUAAAUCUGCUUCAAAAAAAUCAGAGGCAAGGUUUAAAUAUCGCUGUCCACCAGUGAUCCCCAACCAAAUUUACUGAGCCUGAGCAAUGUUGACAAAAACGAUGGAUAUAUGUUACCCUAAAAGUUGUGCCAACUUGGUAGAACCUUAAUGGAAAUGAGUCACAGAUGUAAUUGCUGCCAAAGGUGCAUCCACCAAUUAUUAACUCAGGAUAGAGACUUAUCCAAUUAUGAUAUCUGUUAUUUGUCUUUUUUUUUGGUAAAAUGUUCUAUAACUUUCUUUCACGUUGAAAAUGUGGAGUAGGUUGUGUAGAUCUGUAGGAAAAACAUUUCAUGGGGAGUGUUGACCUGCUAUAGGCACUGUACGUACAUUUUAGGACACUAGUGAAUAUUUGGUUUAAAUGCCCAAUGCAAGUCCUCCCCUACUGGAAGACGCCUGGCCAUAUCAUGGCAUGGAUUCAUUGUGGAAAUAAACUUCUGUAAGAAAAGUCCUGGUUCCACCAUUUAAGAACACAUUAUGGCUAAUAAAAUGUCUUCCAGAGAGAAGUUACUGUAGAUCCUUUGUCCCCAUUUAGCCCAACUGCUAGGGCAGUAGGCUGUUGACUUUUCUGUUUAGACAUGACCUAUUUCACAGAAAGGUGGUUUCCCACCUCUUCAUUGUGGGCAGAAAUAGUUUGUCAGGAACUCUGUGAUCAAAAGUCUUCUGGUAAACUGCCAGAGAGUAGGCCUUCAACAGCCACCCUGGCACUGGUCUGGUCUCUAAUUGGAAUGCUGACGUCUCUAAAAAAAAAAAAAAAAAAGUACAACUGUGUUAUUUAACAAGAAUGCACUUGAACAGUGCCCUGUCUUGUCUCCUUCAGCAUUCCUCACAAACUUUCAAAUGUAUUUUUAUUAUGUUUUUCAAUAUUUAAGAGGCAUGAGAAGAGAAUACAUUUCCCAUCUAUUUCUUAUGACAUUUGUCUGUACCAAAGCAUCAUGGGGGUUCCUUAUAUCCACUCUGGUAUCACACUGUAAGAGGCAGAGGUAAAAAUAAUCAUGUCACUGUUUCAUACAAAGAUGUUUCUCACUGUUAUGCAGGGCAUGUUUCAGGAGGUGGACAGGUGUGCCAAUAGCUACAUAGAUGAUAGAUAUUCCCUUGGUACAUUUAGAAAUAUACUUUUUUGUAUUGUAUGUAGACAUGUAAAUAUGCUUAUUGUAAUGAGGAGUAACAUGCCCAGAGCAGUGUGUCACCUGCUGGUAUAGUUCAGUGGUUACAGAUGAUAUAUUCAAGUACUUGAUGCUUUUUGUUGUUACACUAAUCAUUGCUAUAGUGACAUUCUUUGGAGCAGCUUUUGUUUUUCAUGUUGGAGCUUCACUCUGUCUGGGGUUAGGGAACCUGCUUGGGAUUCUAUAACCUUCUAGAGACGCUUGAUUACUGGGAGUACUGUUCUGGAACUUCAGAGUCAAUACUCGGCACUCCUGCAUCAUUUUAAUGGCUGCUUGGAGGAAUGUGGGACAUUCCCAUUAACAAAGCAGCCUGCCCCUAAUUUGAGACUUUGGUUGAUUGGAUUUGUCAUAACAUUCCAGUCUGGUCUGACUUUCAGACGGCAUUAUAAAUAAUAACAGAACAGGACCCUUAGUUUUAGGAGUUCCUGCCUGGGAUGGUUUAGGUGUUGGAAGUCUGAAUCUUUGGUGGCCGUACUGUGUACGUGGUCAUGCUAAGAGUGGUCAGAGGGUAGAGAAUGGGUAAUGCCUUGCCACGUUAUUGUGUCAUGACAGACACCUGCAACCUUCAAACAUUUUGAACUGUCAUUUUAAAAUUAUAAUUGUGAUAAGACUAUAUCCACUAUUUUCAUAUGUUGUGGGUCAAAAAUGUUUUAGAAUCUCUUUUAUUACGUUUUCACUUGCGCAUUACCGUUACAGCUAAUAUACAAGUCAUUUACAAUGCAUUGUCUCUGUUUAGUGAUUGGGUGAGGGUCACUUAAUAAGAUCAUGAAUGUGGGUCUCUCCCUGGCGUUUUACAGAGCAUCAGUUGAAUGAUUGUGUACUUCACUUGUUUUGGCCUGCUACAAUAACAAAAACCAGCGCGGCGGUCUAAGACACUGCAUCUCAGUGCAAGAGGCGUCACUGGAUGCCCUGGUUCGAAUCCAGGGUGCAUUAUAUCCGGCCGUGAUUGGGAGUCACAUAGUGCAGCACACAAUUGGCCCAGCAUCGUCAAGGUUUGGCCCGUGUAGGCCGUCAUUGUAAAUAAGAACACAUUCUUAACUGGCUUGCCUAGUUAAAGUUUCAAUUGAAAAAGUAAUAAUUAAAAUGAGGAUGAUGCUUUGUCUGCACAAGUUGUUUAUUUACUUUCAUUUGUGUCUUGUUUUAUUCGGCAGCAAACGACCUGGUCUCGUUGCUUGUAGGGAUGUGCGCUAUCAUCCAGAAGGCGAGGUCAGUACAGGUGCAUCCAAGCAGGGACCGAGAGAUAGAAGCUGUUUUUCAAUCUCAAGGCCAUCAGACUGUUAAACAGCCACCACUAACAUUUAGCGGCCGCUGCCAACAAACUGACUCAACUCCAGCCACUUUAAAAAUGGGAAUUGAUGGAAAUUAUGUAAAAAUGUAAAAAUGUACCACCAGCCACUUUAAACAAUGCCACCUAAUAUAAUGUUUACAUACCCUACAUUACACAUCUCUUAUGUAUAUGUAUAUACUGUACUCUAUAUCAUCUACUGCAUCUUGCCAUCUUUAUGUAAUACAUGUACCACUAGCCACUUUAAACUAUGCCACUUUAUGUUUACAUACCCUACAGUACUCAUCUCAUAGGUAUAUACCGUACUCUAUACCAUCUACUGCACCUUGCCUAUGCCGUCUGUACCAUCACUCAUUCAUAUAUCUUUAUGUACAUAUUAGUAGUUGCGGAAUUGUUAGGUUAGAUUACUUGUUAUUACUGCAUUGUCGGAACCAGAAGCACAAGCAUUUCGCUACACUCGCAUUAACAUCUGCUAACCAUGUGUAUGUGACUAAUAAAAUUGAUUUGAUUUGAUUGCCCUCGAAUAUACAGUACAUUGACAGGGCCUUAAUACCAUGUAUUACCACCAAAGACCACCAGAUGGCAGUGUGAAGCAUUAGUAACAAUGGCUUCAUCCCAGAUAUGCCGCAUGGCAUCUGCUAUUGUUUGGUUUGACCGUCAUGGUCAUUAGGGAUUUUGACACGGCACUAGUGGCUGUAUCUAGACCUAUAGAGGUGAGACUAAUCUGUAUCGACACGAUUAGGAGGAUAUGCAAUAAAAAUAGGACUGUUUAAGCUGCAUGGCUGCUUUGUUUCAACAGUUUGGGAAAGGGAAUAUGUUACACAUCAAUUAUUGAGAAGACCUUUAAAGUGGUGCGAUUAGAAUGGUGCUUUAUGGGAGAGAGAAUGCGUUUAUGGGUAUUUAAUAUCAUUAGGCUACAGAUCAUACACACACUCGCAUAGCACAUUUGCAUAUCAGGUGGUAGUAAAACAGCUGCCAAAAAGUAUCUUUAUUUAUCAGUUACUGAACGAUCACCAGUAGCUUAUAGUAACACAGAGAAGCCUGGGCCAUGUUCAUUAGGGCACACAACGGAAAGUGUAUCAAAACAUUUUGCAAUGGAAAACUAAAAUGACAAUUUCUCAUUCAACAAGCCCAUGUAGUCAGUCCGUUUGGUACCCAAUGAACACAACCCUGGAGAGUUCUUACACCGAGGAAACGACGACAACAGCUGAAUGGACGAGCACCAUCACAAUCAUUACAAUGGCAGUUUAUAAUACACACAGCUCGAGUAAAAAUACUGCAGUAUAUACAGUCAGUCAGUGAAGAGUUAACAGUCAGCAUGUGUUGAUUCUCCCAGAGAGAGAAGAUAAUCAACAUUACAUUUAUGUUUAGCUUCAAUGGACAAUAGUGUAAUAAAAAUGGAAGUUAAACAUGAUUGGUGCAGUAGGAUACAAUUUAAGACAUACAUAGUCUAAACACAUAUUGCAAGUCAUUUCUUUGAUGGAUUGCAAUAUCAGCAUCUCGUACACAGUCAACUCUCCCACUGUCUAUUCUAUUGUCUUAGCUACAGCCAUGGGGUUGUGGUGCAUCAUCUAAUCUCUGUAUGUAGCCUACACGGUGUCUCAGAGUAAAUGUUUAGUCGUAACGUUCAUCCAACAUUCAAACAUGGGUGCUUGUGGAGAGUGACACGGUGGUUUAAUGGUGUCUAAAUGUGCAGAGCCCUAACAU